AUAAGGGGAAAAAAGUUGUGUGUGUGCGUGCAAAAAAGGGAAAUUAUUGUUACCGCUCGCAAGUGAAAAUACUCGAGAGCCUAAGCUAAGCAACCGGGCAAAUGCGGCAGAUGCUCAAAGUCCCGCUGUUCUGCCUGCUGCUGGCGCUGCAGCUGCUGCUCGCGAAUCUGGCGGCAGCGCUCACAGUGGAUAAUCAGCUGGUCUCAGCGCGAAAUGACUGCUUCGAGCGGAUCGCUUUGGAGGCAAUGCUGCCAUUUGAGAAGACCUUCCGCACCGAAGACACCAACUCGCUGAAGAUGUGCAAGGAGAAGUGCCUGCAGGCGGGCGAGAAGUGUCAGGCCAUCUCGUUCGGUGUGCAUCGACGCGGAAACGGCACAUGUCAGUUGUCAUCGGAGCAAUAUGGAGGCGGCGGCGGGGGCAGCGGGCGCCCGGGCGGCGUCAUUUUCGAUCCCGACUUUGAUUUGUAUUCGCGCAAAACGAAUUGCUUUGAUCUGAGCGACAAUUCGAUUGGCGCACCGAGUCCCAUCAGCACGGGCGUAACGCCCGUGAAUCUGCCCAAUCGACCGCUCGAUGUGGGCAAUACGCCCGUGCUGGUUGUAGAUCCAACGCCGCACACCAAUCACCCCGAGGCGCCGCAGCCGGUGCCCACGCCGCCCGGUGUCGGGGAUCGCUUGUAUUUCUCCCACGAGAUUUAUCCACUGUACAAAUACCCGACGCUCUAUGAGCACAACUAUCCGGCGCCCAAUGAGGAGGUAUAUAUACCCGGCGGCUAUGCGGCCAAUGUGCCCGAGGUGGACGAGCGUUACCGGCCCUCCUAUGGCCCUAUGGAUGAGGAGGGCAUACGUCCCACGCCGCAUGGCCCGCCACGUCCCAUCUUUGGUCUGGGCUAUGGCAAUGGCUAUAGCUAUGGCACACCGGAGCGCUAUGCGCCCACGACUUUGCGUCCCGCGUCGGGCGAGCGUCCCAGCUAUGCGCCCAGACCGGAUUACGGCAGCGAACGACCCGAUUAUCCGCAUCCUUCGCCGGCUCGUCCCUUUGACAGCUCCACAUCACCUGGCUACGGACCACGGCCCACAUCCACCUAUGAUGGACCCGGUGAGCCGCGCCCAGACUAUACUAAUCGACCGGAUCCGCCGCAGCAUACAGCUCACGAUGGCGACGGCUAUGGACCUGGACCGGGCUCUUCGGCGCGCCCGCCUGCCUACGAUAGACCACCGUCCCCCCUGCCUCCUAGGGAUGAGUAUAUGCGUCGCAACGGCAGCGCGAUGCGACCAGAUGGUUACUAUGAUGACGAUAAGACCAUAGCCACCUAUUUCAAUCCCGAGGAUUAUGUGCACAAAAGUAAGAGCUAA